UUCAAAAGCAAGAAACAAGGGGAGAGAGAGGGGGGGAAUUAGGGUUUUUUGCAGGCUGUAAGGCGAUCCAUUUUGUGAGAGAGAGAGAAGCCAUGGGGAGCUCCUUCAAAACCAGCUGUUUUGGAGUUGGAGCUCCUUUUAAUGGCGUUUUUCUCGCUCUAGGGCUGGUUUCAAUGACCCUCUGUUUUAGCGGGGCUUUCUCUGAGUUGACGAAAUUUCAACAAGGUGCGAAACCAGAUGGAUCGCUAGACCUGCUCGUAGUUGGGGAUUGGGGCCGAAAAGGAACUUAUAACCAGUCUAAGGUGGCUGAACAGAUGGGGAGAAUCGGCAAUGAAAUGGGCAUAGACUUUGUGAUUUCAACGGGUGACAAUUUCUAUGAUAACGGUUUAACAGGCGUUGAUGACCCCGCCUUUGAACAGUCUUUCACAAGCAUCUACACUGCUCAGAGCCUUCAAAAACCCUGGUACACUGUGUUGGGUAACCAUGAUUACAGAGGAGAUGUCUUGGCUCAGCUGAGCCCCGUUCUCAGGAAGCUCAACUCCAGGUGGCUUUGCAUGAGGUCCUUUAUCGUAGAAACAGAGACCGCCGAUUUCUUUUUCGUGGACACAAACCCAUUCGUGGAUGAAUACUGGGCCAUCCCCAACGAGCACUCUUACGAUUGGAGAGGCGUUAUUCCAAGACACCGAUAUAUCGAAACCCUCCUAAAGCAUGUCGACGUCGCACUACGUGAGUCGUCAGCCAAGUGGAAGAUCGUGGUUGGGCAUCACCCGAUAAGGAGCGUAGGCCACCACGGUAACACCGUGGAGCUUGACCAGCUCCUCCUCCCAAUCCUCGAGGCUAACCACGUCGAUCUCUACGUCAACGGCCAUGACCAUUGUCUCGAGCACAUCAGCGGCAUUACGAGCCCUAUCCAAUUCCUGACUAGUGGAGGGGGUUCAAAGGCUUGGAGAGGUAUUGAUGAUAGUGCAAACAAGGACGGUCUCCGAUUUUACUACGAUGGGCAAGGGUUCAUGUCCCUCAGCCUCACACCAGACAGGUGUGAAUUCGUCUUUUAUGACCUCAAUGGCCAAGUCCUCCACAAAUGGGAAAUUUCGAAAGAGCUCCACUUUGCCAACUAAACCACCUCCUCUUCCUUGGCCCUGAUCUUCUCCCUCCUUUUUAACGCUUCUGUAAAAUAUAUUGGUGUAGGUAAAUGGUUAGUUAGCUGAUGUUGUUUUACGAAAUUCAAGUGGGGAAAAAAGAAAAAACACAAUUUACCCUUCUAUAAUAGGGAAUGAUUGCCCUUGUAACAUAUAUUUGCAGUUAAUUGAACUAAAGUCCUUGAUUUUCUCUUGGAA